ACUUUAUUAAAACCUUGACAUUGAAUUUUUUAAUUUCACAUUUUAUCCAUAAUGGCUGCCUAAAAAACCUAAAAAAUUGUUUGUAGAUAUAAAAAGUUGAUUUUUGAUGGGUCAAUAUACAAAAUUAGCAACUUAAGAAGCGAAAAGACAUAUCUUUUUAGUUUCUAUAUAUAGUAGGCUUAAAAAACUGCUGAUAAGAUACGAUUCAGUAAGAAAUAAUGGACUCUUAAAAAUGGCUCUAGGGAAAACUUUAAAAAUUGUGCCUUCCCUUUAAACUACCGGUAACCUAGGAUCAACACUGAUUUUUGUAGUAAAUUUUUUUUUACUGAUUUAACAGACUUUAAUAAAGUGAAUUCAGAAAAAAAGUUAGUGGGUACAUGGGGAAGUGACAAAGUCAGAACAAUGAAGUUGGCACAAAAUGCAUUAAAAACGAUAAAAAUGUAUAUGUUGAUGUAUUUUAGUUUUCAUUAUCUACUGCAAUGCAAAAAGUAUAUAUAUAUGUAAAAGUAUAUCACAAUCAUUACUAGAAAUAAGCUAUAAACUAAGGCUGAAUUAAACUCAGUUUUUAAAUAACCUUAGUUGCCUCCCCUCCCCCUGUCCAUUUACUUUUUAACAUACAUAUUUUCACACAGAACUCAUCUUAAAAGAAAUUUGUUAUUGAAGGUUUCACUGAUUAUUUUCAAAUGCAUGAAGUGUCUUUAUGCACAAAAUAAGAAUUAAACACACACAUUUAAAAGCUGUGAAAUUAUAAACAAGUUAUUGGGUGUACUUUUUAUCUUUACUUUAUAUAUAAAAUUUAUCAUUUUGUGUCAAAAUUCAUGUAAACUUUACUUUACACUUCAAAAAUUGAAACUAAAUAAAUUUUUUUAGAUAAUAAUUAAAAAUAAAUGGCUAGUGCAUCUUUAGAUCUACCUCAGUGUUGCAUUGGAAAAAUAUUAAAUAAAGAUUGUCAUGAAGGAAAAUUUACCAAAUUCAAGAAAAUUAAAUGUUUUGAUGAAUUAACCAAAGAGGAUCAAGAACUUGUGUACUUACAAUGUAAAGUUAAUCAUAUAAAAACUAUUUGUUAUCACCAUAAAAAGAUCUUCUUGAAUAGAUUUGAGUCUUCGUAUGAUGGAAGCAUUUGUUGUAAUCCAUUUAACAAACACAAAAUUAAAAUUAAAAAAUCUGUCAGAGUAAUCAGUGUUGCAAAGGAAUUUGAUUUGAUACCUGGUCAUAAGCUUUGUACAGAAUGUCGUAAAAUAUUGUAUUUAAAAAAUAACUAAAAAGAUUAUGAAAACGAUUUAUAUAAAAAUAAAGACAAUGAUUUUAAUGAGAUUCAUUUUUCAAAAGAAAACUUUAAUUUAAGCAUUUAUAGCCUUGGUUGCUCACCUCUAAAACUAGUAGCCCAUAAAGACAGGGUCAGCUAUGCAAAAAGAAAAAUGAACAAGAUCCAUAUUGCCACCAAAAAGAAAAUAGCAACUGUUUUAGAAGUUUCUCUCGAUUUAAUAAAUGAUGAACCAAAAACAAAAGUGCUAUGUUGUGACAGUAAACAAGACUUGGACUCACUAAUGGAAUUAAUUAAAGCAAAGUUUGAUAAUUCUUCAAAAUCAGAAAAACUUAAAUUACUAACAUUGGUUACUGAGAGUUGGAAAAUUGAAUAUAUACAAAACUAUUUUUCUGCUUCCCAAAGAAUGAUAAAAACUGCAAGACAUUUAAAACAAAUGCAUGGCAUACUGGCAGAACCGUCUAAAAAAGAAGGAAGACCUAAUAGUGAGAAAGUAAAAAAUCAAGUUCAUGAAUUCUAUUAAUCAGAUGAAUACUCUCGAAUGUGUCUAGGGAAAAAGCAGUAUGUCUCAAUCCAAGUCGAUGGUAAAAGACAACAUUUUCAAAAAAGACUACUAUUACUUAAUAUAAAAGAACUUUAUUUAGAGUUUGUUAAAAUUUUCUUAGAUGUCAAAAUUGGAUUUUCUAAAUUCUGCGAACUUAGACCAAAGUGGUGUAUUCCUGUUGGAGGUGCUUCAGGUCUCCACUCAGUAUGCGUUUGUGAGUACCACCAGAAUGCCACUUUUAGCAUUAAAAGUACCGGAUAUUUCCGACUAUUAAAAUCUUUUGACAUUAGUUGUAUGUGACUUAACAAAUCGAAAAGGCAUGCUGUACAGUUGUGAUAAUUGCCUAGAUACUGACACACUUAAAGAGUAUCUUACUACUAUAUUUGAUAAACAUAGCAUUGAAGAAAUCACAUUUAAUCAGUGGCAAAAAGCUAACAAA